CACGUUACCCCCCUCACUCCAUUUAUUCACAAACCCCUCCCCCACUCUCUCUCUCUCUCUCUCUCUCUAAACACCACCACCAUGUCGCCACCGCCGCCGCCGCGCAUACACACCAUCAUCCUCACCCUCCUCAUAUCCGCCCACCUCACCUUCUCCGCCGACAACUCCGGCGACGUAAACACUCUAGUUUUCGAAAACCCAAGACUCCGGCAAGCCUACAUUGCCUUACAAGCAUGGAAAACAGCCAUAUUAUCCGACCCAUUUAACUUCACCACCAACUGGACCGGUCCAAACGUCUGCUCCUACGGCGGCGUUUACUGCGCCCCAUUCCCAACCAACCCCUCCAUCCGUGUAGUCGCCGGAAUCGACCUCAACCACGGCGACAUCGCCGGUUACCUCCCGUCGGAGCUCGGCCUGUUAACCGACCUAGCCCUGUUCCACAUCAACUCAAACCGGUUUUGUGGAACCGUUCCUACAAGUUUUAAAAACUUGACAUUACUUCAUGAGUUAGAUAUAAGUAACAAUCGGUUCGUUGGAAUUUUUCCAACGGUGGUGUUAUCGUUGCCGGCUUUGAAGUAUUUAGAUCUCCGGUUUAAUGAGUUUGAAGGGUCGGUUCCGAGUAAGUUGUUUGAUAAAGAUCUUGAUGCGGUUUUUUUGAACGAUAACCGGUUUCGGUUUGGGAUACCGGAGAAUCUUGGGAACUCACCGGUUUCGGUGCUGGUUUUGGCGAAUAAUGAUUUGGGUGGGUGUAUACCCGGGAGUAUUGGGAAGAUGGGGAGGACUUUGAAUGAGAUAAUAUUGAUGAAUGAUAAUCUCACCGGGUGUUUGCCGGUGGAGAUUGGGAUGUUGAAAAAGGUGACGGUGUUUGAUGUGAGUUUUAAUAAUCUUCAAGGGCCGUUGCCGCCGGCGGUUGGUGGGUUGAUGAGUGUUGAGCAGCUUGAUGUGGCGCAUAACCGGUUGACCGGUGUGGUGCCGGAUAGUGUUUGUAGGUUGCCCAGGUUGCAGAACUUUACGUACUCGUUUAACUACUUUACCGGUGAAGCGCCGUCGUGUGUUGGGGGUGGUGGUAAGGUGUUUGAUGAUGGGAAGAAUUGUAUUGUUGGAAAGGGAAACCAGCGGUCUGCCCGGGAAUGUUCGUCGGCGGAUGCUCGUCCGGUUGAUUGUAGAAAGUUUCAAUGUGGUGGGUCUACUAGUUCUCCUACUCCGGGGACUCCGACAGUUCCGGGACCGGUUCAACCUCCGACCACUACGCCAACGACACCGUCUGUUCCCAGGCCGUCGCAGCCUCCGACUACCAUGCCUACGCCGGUGCCGUCACCGCCUAGUUCGGGUACUUCUCCGGGUAGUAAAACACAUCCUCCACCAUCUCCAACUACCUCACAUCCACCUUCUACUUCACCCGUUAUGCCGCCACCACCUACUGAAGGAAGUUCUCCGACAACCCAUUACCGGCCUCCACCACCACCGGUAAGUGGUGUUUCUCCACCAACAGGUCAACCUGUUCCAUCUCCACCACAAGGAAGCCACCAGUCUCCGCCACCACAAGGAAGCCACCAGUCUCCCCCAGGAAGCCACCAGUCUCCGCCUACUGGAAGCCACCAGUCUCCGCCUACUGGAAGCCACCAAUCGCCGCCUACUGGAAGCCGCCAAUCUCCACCACCACAAGGAAGCUACCAAUAUCCACCACCGGGAAGCCACCAAUCACCUCCAGGAAGCCACCAAUCUCCACCUGAAAGUCACCAAUCUCCACCAGGAAGUCAUCAAUCUCCACCAGGGAGCCACCAAUCGCCGCCUACAGGAAGCCAUCAAUCUCCGCCCCACCAUGGACCUUCUAGUGCUCCGGCACCAUCACCUGAAGAAUAUUCUCCACCACACACUAGAACCCCUCCGCAACCACCAUCCCACUCACUUCCUCCACCAUCGCCAUCAUAUCCACUUCCUCCACCACCGCCACCACCAUCCCAUUCAACUUCCCCACCAUCCCAUUCACCAUCACCUCCACAGUCCCACUCACCAUCACCACCACAGUCCCACCAACCAUCUCCACCAUCACCAUCCCAUUCACUUCCACCGCCACCACCAUCAUCUGGUUGCACUCUACCAACACCACCACCACCACCACCCACAAGCCACCAUCAUCCAUCACCACCCACUAGCCACCAUCAUCCAUCACCACCCACUAGCCACCAUCAUUCACCACCACCACCCACUACCCACCAUCAUGCAUCACCACCGCCACCGUCCGCUAACACCCCUCUUCCACCAGUAAUCGGUGUAUCCUACGCCUCUCCACCACCACCAGUAAUCCCCUACUACUAAUCAAAUUCAUAUCAUCUUCAGAUUAAGUUACAAGAGCAUUAAAUCUGCAGCUUUUUGAGGCCUGAGAUCAUCUUUUCCAAGCGGAUUUGUUUGUGUGCUAAGUAUUAAUCUACUAUUUACUUUUCAUGAUCAUAUAAUCAUGUAUAAUUUAAGUUAUCAAAUUAGGAUUUUUCUAGCUUAUUCUUAUUCAUUAUGUAUACAAUAUAUUUAUCAUCAAUGUAAUAAUAAACUUGUUCUUCACUUUCCA